UGCGCCUUUGCAGUCUGUGCUCAUCAGUCAGUCAGUCUUACGGACGCGGGAUUCACGUUUGACGUUUAGUUUCGGAUGUGUAGUUCGACCGAAUUCGUUGAUGGUCGUAUGUUUGAUGGUGAUACUCGACGAAAGAACUCGAAUUCGUAUGCGGUUGGCUGGUGUCUCGUGGUGUGACGCUUUCUGGUAAGAUUGUAGUGGCACGUUUCGCUAUGACGCAAGUGCUUUGGCCGCAAGAGGCGCAGUGACGACUCGCCCGUGAGCCUGCCGACAUCCUCGACAGCCCUACGAUGGAGUCGAUCAGAAAAUGGUUCUACAGGCCUAAGAGGGACGACACGAGCCUGCUCGCUCAGUUUUUCUACGCGGACGAGUCUUUGAACGCGGUCGCUUGCGAGUUGGACUCGUUCGAUGGUCGUCAGGAGCCAGAAAGAUGCACCACGUUGGUCAAUCAGCUGCGCCACUGUCAGGACAAAGUGUUAACGAUAUGCAGUCAAAUAAUGGACGAUCUCAUUCCGGAGAGCAGGGCAAACCGAGACUUCAGGGUGAAAUUUCCUGACGACGUGAUGCAGGAGAAUCUCGCUGGGCAGCUGUGGUUCGGAGCUGAAUGCUUAGCAGCUGGAUCCUCGAUCAUGAACAGGGAGGCUGAAAGUUCAGCCAUGAGGCCGCUGGCAAGGGCUUUGACUAAGUCGUUGGACAUCGUCAGGAAUUUGCUCAGAGAGCACGCGUUAAAAGGUCACAUGAACCUGAAGUACCUUUUUCAGACGCAAUACCCGUUGGACCCAUCACUAGAGAAGCUGAUCGAGUCGCUGAAGAUCUUUGACCGGUUGUUCGCUGAUUUCGAGCUGUGCUAUGUGGGCGCCAUGGUACCGGUGAAAUCGACGAAGGAGUACGAGCAGCAGGAGCUCGUUUGCGUUUUAUUUUCGGAGACGCUGCAAAGAGCUCUCGAACGUGGAUUGCUCAGCCAGGCCGAUGUAGAUAAUUACGAGCCGGCUCUGAUGUUUACUAUUCCUCGUUUGGCGAUUGUUUCUGGCCUCUUGGCUCCGCCUGGAGGCCCUCUGUGCCUCAAUUCCCCCGACAACAUCAGCGAAGUGUUUAGACCUUUUAGGUCGCUUCUUCUAAAAAUAAGAGAACUUCUUUGGACAUUGAACAACCGCGAGCUCUACAUGCUGGAGAAACUGCUGUGCUCGAACGAGGAGCCUCCGGGUCCCAUCCCGCAGUCGUCAAAGUCGUCCGCGUGCCAGGACAUUCCCGACCUGGAGGAGUUCGUUCACAAUUUUUAUACCGGUUAUCCGAACUGUAAAGACUUCAUCGUAGAUUUUUACACAGUGACGAAAAACACGGGGAACAAUAUGGACGAGGUGGCGGACGACGUGGUUCAAAUCUUAGAGGAAGAAAGUCGUUUGACAGAAGGGAAUAGCGAUCAGGAGGUGGAGGACCGGGGAACAAUGAUAGAAACCGGGCCUAAUCGCUUAAACAUAUCCGUGAACGGGUACGAGGAGGCUGUGAGGUGUAACGGUAACACGAGGACAUCCAGUGAACGAGAAAGUGUUGGUGACGAAGUGCAGUAUCAUAUUAAAAAGCCAGCAAGCUCUUCGAACAGCAGUAGAUACUUAUCUUGCGACGAUAGUCCUUGCUCCAGAAGAAUAGAAUGUCCCGCGAGUCCUGUUUCAAUGGUAGAUUCGAUGGUGGAGCAGGUCGUUCCAGAAGAUAGUAUUUCAAGCGUGAACGAGAAUAGAUGUGGCGAACAAUUACACAAACAGCAAGACGAAUUUAUCACCUCGGAUAUCACCGAGAUUUUAGGCAGCUCCGAUCAUCACAUCGAAAUCCCUCAAACGCAGUAUCUGCUGAACCAAGUGUCGCACGAGAACAACGUAACUGGUGAGACGGUACACAUUCAAAACUCUUUGCCUGACUUGGAUUCGAAGAAGCUGAUAUCCGAGGCGAAUAAAACGUUAUCGAAUUUGUUGCUGGAUGGAGAGUGUCAGAACGAGAUCUGCGAGCAGACUGACUCGGGAAUUUGUACGGUGAUUUCGUCGGAGAAUACCAGUUUGUACGAUAAGAGUCCCGAAGAGAAGAAGACUUUCGCCAACGAGAUCCAAGAGGACGAGCACGGAUUAGAUGACGAAGAUACGCAAGAGAAUACCAGUUAUUCUUGUUCCAAUCUGAAUUCACCGAAGAGAAAGAGCUCCACGAUAUCGGAUAACUCGUGCGUCUGUAGUCUAAGAAGCGUGAAGACAGUCGCGUCGUUGGACCACUCGAUCGAGGUGCACAACCUGCACGCGGCUAACACAGAGGCUGUGAAAAACAUUCCACGAAUAUCGUCGAACUUCGAUGGGACGAACGAAGAGUUCGUUGGAGUCGCGUACGGCAAUGGGCAGAUUUCCGUCUGCGACUCGAACCAGUCUAGUUUUCAGAUCAAUUAUUCAGAAAAUUGGGAAAAUCUCAAUUUAAGCAUUGAUGCGUCUACUUCGAGGAAAGAAUUCUGGAGCGACCUGAAGUGUGAAAACUGCCCGUCCACGUCGCAGAACAUUGAAAAGAUCGGCUCGAAGAUCGAGCAGUAUACCCAGGAUAAGAUCGCAACGUCGAAGAAGAUGAAGGACGAGAAGCAGAGGAGACGGCAUCAACGUAAGCACGAACGGAACGGGCAAAAACUUCAUCACGGGGUACAGGAGAGCAGGGUGCAGAACUUUCAAAACGUACGCUCGUCGGCGAGCACGGAGAGUUCCAGAUCAAACUCGACGGAUCGUUGUUUGAAUCCUAGGCUGAUCAGUUACGGAGCAAGUCUGCAUCCCAGCCAGAACACCAGGCAGAUGCCUAAUUUUGGUAGCAGCCCUCAUGCUAGUCCGCGGUUGCAGCACUUCGAAACUCGUAGCACGCCUGGAUCAGGCCAGAGGACUUCUAGUAUCGCUUCCAGAGCUCAGAGAAACUCAUCUCCGCAAAAUAGAAAGCUUCUCGAUCAUAGGAGAUCUAGGUCAGAGCAAAUUAUCAGAAUGAAGAGGAGAGACUUUGAAAAGAGAGAUAAGUACGAACGAGCUAAUCCCAGGUCGGAGCAGACCAAGAGAAAAUUAGGAAGUAGAAGUCCUAAUGAACUGAUGAACGAUGGUUUGGGACCAAGAACGGAUAAAAGCGGCCUGGCAAAUGAGAUAAUCUCGCCGGUCACGACGCAGACCGUGUCGUAUGGAAUACAAAAAGACAAUAACACGCAGAGAGCUACGCGAGCUGUGAGGCUAGUGAACGCAACUACGGUUCAAGGGACGCAGUCGGUCAGUUCGGAUCAUAUCCUGGUUCAUAAGCCGGAUGCUGGGUCCAGUUCGAGCUGCUCGAGUUGCUGUGACUUGAGUUCGGAAACCAGCGAGUUUCAGAGUGAUUGUCAGGAUGAUGAGGAGAUAGCCUUGGCUAUGCAGGCCGCUGAGAUUGCGAACAAUUACAAGAUUCGAGCGAAAUUUCGGUCAUCCGAAGAUCUCGUUCAUCGUUUAUUCGUUUGUAUAGCCGGUGUGGCAGAUCAAUUGCAGACUAAUUUCGCAUCGGAUCUGCGCAAUAUUUUGAAGUGUGUGUUCCUGAUGAACAGUAGUCAAACCGUGGAAGACGGUGAGAUAAAGGAUGAAAGUUCAGUAUCUGAAAAUCAUAUGACAAGCCCGUUGAACGAUACGGUUACAAACCAUGAUCGACAGGAUUUAUUACAAGAAUACGAGGACGAUUUGGAAGAGACUCCCAUCACCACCGAUCAUAAUACGUCGACCAUAACCGAGCGUGGCGAGGAGUGUGUGGAAAGGGCACCAGCUUGGAUACCGGACAACGACGCACCUCGUUGUAUGGCGUGUCAAGCAGGGUUCACGGUGGUGAGACGCAGACACCAUUGCAGAAAUUGUGGCAAGGUGUUCUGCGGUCGUUGCAGCAGCAACAACGUUCCCCUGCCCCGUUAUGGGCACACGAAGCCUGUCAGGGUAUGCAACAGGUGUUUCCUGUAUCAGGUGACGCCGUUCACGGUGUCCCCAGUGACGCCAGCGAGCUGAGCUUUGGAACAACGAGGUGUGUGACGAGGGUGAAUGAUAGAAAAUGAAUCGUUUACUUGAUAUUUUAAAAUGUUAGGCCCGUUGUCGCGCGCCCGCGGAUCGUUGCAUCCGUUUCCUUUUCUUCUAACUAUAACGAUUGAAAAUAGUUAGCUUUCGAGGUUUGCCUCUCUUAAGCCCGCUCUGUACGUUGAAACAUGAGCUUACGUUU